UCGUACUGCUUAGUGCCACGCCGUGUUUCACUGCGCCCAGGCCACGAGCCCCUCCGAGAGCUUGCCCGCCCCGAGUAUAUGUAAAGUGAAAACGCAAUUUCGAAACAUUUUUCAAAACUCUCUUGUGAACACUUUUGACCAAGCCGAGCCACAAGGCUGUGAUUGUGAGUGAGUGCUGGAGACGCAGUCGAAGCCAGCCCUUUGCAUCCACCAUCUUUGUGCUCUUUCCACCCUCUAGAAGCGAUACCAGGAAGGAGUAGCAGCAGCAGCAUUCGUCACCAUGCAGGUUUUCGAUAACAAUAUGCGCCGUGCCUCGCGUCGUGCCUCAUUGCGUCGUGGAUCGAUCUCGGCACUGCCCCAGAAAUCGGCAGAGAUACCCUGGGACAUAUUCGAGCGGCUGUCGAUGCCGUUCCUCUUCUGCCAGGCGGCGGCCAUCGUCAGCUCCCAUCUGCUGCAUGCCCUCAACAUAUCCAGCAUCUCCACCUUCGCCGUCUUCGUGUGGUUCGCCCUGGCCACCGUGGGCGCUGUGCUCUUCUACCACUUCGUCAAGGUGUCGGCUUCGGGCAAGGGCGUCCUAAUCACCGGCUGCGAGGCACCGUUGGCCUGGUACCUGGCCAAGAAACUGGACGAUCUGGGCUUCACCAUCUACGCUGGCUUCAACACGCCCAUCGAGGAGUCGGACGAGGCUGGCAUUCUCAAGGAGGAGACCUCCGGCCGCAUGAAGCUGCUGCACCUGGAUGUUACGUCGGAGAAGACCCUUUUGGAGGCUGCCCGCUUUGUGUCACAGCACUUGCCGCACGGCGCCCAAGGACUGUGGGCUGUGGUGCAUUGCGCCCACUGGAUUGCAUUGGGAGAACUUGAGUGGAUUCCAUUCGCUGUGCUGCGCAAAAGCUUGGAUCUCAAUCUACUCGGCGCCGCUCGCCUCACACAAAUCUUCCUGCCGCUGGUCCGUCGCGCCCAUGGGCGCGUGGUCUUCCUCACCUCUGGCCUGAACCGCGUACCCUCGCCGGUGCGUGGCAUCCAGUGUGCCACCCAGGCUGCCGUCGAUUGCUUUGCCGCCUGCCUGCGCCAGGAGAUGCGCACCCGAGGAGUGGAUGUGUCCGUGGUGGCGGCAGGAGAGUUCGCUCCCGGCAACGGCUGGCUAAACGAAACGGAGCUCCGUGACCAGGCCAAGCAAAUGUGGAACCAGCUAUCGUCGGAGCAGAAGAAGACCUACGGCGAGGAUUACUACGAGGCGGCCAUGACGUCGGUGGAGAAGUACUCCCGCCAGGCCGCUGAUAUCCAGCCCACGCUGCGUGUCCUCAUCGAUGCUGUGACCAGGACCUUCCCCAUGGCCCGCUACACGCCCGUGACGGCCACCGAAAAGUUGCAGAUCUUCCUGGCCGAGCAUCUCGCCCCCUCCCUGUACGAGUCGAUCUACGGCGAGCAGAAGAAAUUUGUCGUCUGAUCCGACCGAUCAGGCACCCACCAACAUCCUCACCAUGCCAGCCCCUAGACCAGCCGAACUUUGGAAUACUAUUGAUUGCUUAUCCCACCCCUGACACACCGCUGGCUCCUUUUGCAUAGGGCAUUUACAAGAAAAUAGGAGCAGAAGGAGGAGGAGGACAAGCGCUGACAAUCGUCAAUGAGCAUUUAGCUAUGUUUUUGCCCCCGAUUAUUAGAAAUGUAAACUGAUCCAAAUUUAUGGAAAUAUCCCGAGUGUCUGCAUAAUGUUAAUAUCCUUAGUUGCUAGAACGAAUGAAAAAAGUAAACAAAAAACGGUAGAAACUUCA